GAGGAAGACAGAGAGGGACAGAGAAAAGGGGAGCGUGCGCUUGGAUUUGUUUUUUUUUUUAAAGCUUAUUUCCCUCCUGCUUCCACCUCGGAUCAUGUACCAGGACUUUUCAGGGAACUUUGAUACCUCCUCUCGGGGCAGCAGUGGCUCUCCUGGCCAUCCGGAAACUUACUCCAGCGUGACACCUCAACAGAAAUUCCGGGUAGAUAUGCCAGGAUCGAGCAGCACUUUUAUCCCCACUCUGAACGCUAUUACCACCAGCCAAGACCUGCAGUGGAUGGUCCAGCCCACUGUGAUCACCUCCAUGCCAAGUGCCUACUCUCGCUCGCAUCCCUACAGCCAUGCUCUGCCAAAUCUGUCUUCGGUUUCUGGUCAUGCAGCCCUUCAGAGACCUGGCGUUAUUAAAACCAUUGGGACCACAGUAGGCAGAAGGAGACGAGAUGAACAGUUGUCUCCUGAAGAAGAGGAGAAGAGAAGGAUUAGAAGAGAGAGGAACAAACUAGCAGCUGCCAAAUGCCGCAACAGACGUCGAGAGCUGACAGAGAAACUCCAGGCGGAAACAGAGGAGCUGGAGGAGGAGAAAUCUCUGUUGCAGAAGGAGAUUGCUGAACUGGAGAAGGAGAAGGAGAAGCUGAAGUUCAUGCUGAUGGCUCACAGUCCUAUGUGCAAGAUCAGCCCUGAAGAGCGCCGAACACCACCUCCUCACAGCCUCCAGACAGUCCGGACUGGAUUGAGUGGUGCCAUUGUAGUGAAGCAGGAGCCAGUGGAGGAGGAGAUUCCCUCCUCAUCUUCCGACCUGGAGAAAGGGCAGAGGUCUGUCAUUAAACCCAUCAGCAUUGUAGGGGCCUUUUAUGGAGAAGAGCCUCUCAACACUCCCAUUGUGGUGACCUCAACACCUGCCAUCACUCCUGGCACGUCUAACUUGGUCUUCACCUACCCCAGCGUGCUGGACCAGGAGUCUCCACUCUCCCCUUCGGAGUCUUGCUCCAAAGCUCACCGGAGGAGCAGCAGCAGUGGUGACCAGUCUUCAGAUUCCUUGAACUCUCCAACUCUGCUGGCCCUGUAACCUCUUCCUUUCACCACCACUCUACCACAUUACUCUGGGGGGAAGCCCCUCAUUGAAAUCAAAGACCAGCACAAUGGCCUUCAAGCACAAGGGGCACAAAAACAACAUGGGGAAACAGUGUAUUCCCCCAGGUACUUCCUGGGAUAGGAGGAACCAGACCAAAUGAAAGCCAUAUAGGGAUGGGGGGUUAGGACAGAUGUCACAGUACUGGAACCUGAGUUCUUGGACUAUAUGGUGAGCAGGGAGGAAUUCACCCCCGGUUUAGAGUGCUCUUGGCCAGGAAUGGAUGUGACCUUCAGUAAAUCACUAGCCAUUCUCCUGUUAUGCUGAUGAAUGAACUGGUCUGACCAGGUUACGCUCUGUGCUUAGUAGUACAUUCCAGUUAGUUGAUCUCAUGUAGGUCUUCAGCUUUUAUUUUUAUUGGAUGCCAUGACAUUUCGAAAACUCUAAAGGCUUGUUGCAAUUGUCGUUAAAUCGCUGCUGGUGUGUGUGUGUGGGGGGGUGUCUGCCUGUGGCGAAUUCUUGCUUUUAUUAAGUAGUUUUAGGUAGAUGAUGAUGAUGGAGAUGACAGAAAUAAAUAACAGGUCCAAAUCAUUCUUUAAAAGUUACAUUCCCAACACCUUAGUGGAGUGGGAUCAAAAUAAAUUCAACACAUUGGAUAUCCUGUUAACAAAAGGAGAAGGUCUCUUUGAAGGACAGAGUGUGGAGUGAGGGAGGCAUUGUUCCUCAGGGUGCUGCAAGGGUCACGCCUUUGACACACCUUGUAAGUGGUCUAGGAGUGGUGCCAAGGGAACCGAGGAGAUGCCAGAGUUGGUUUCCACUCAACCUUUGUCACUGGCAUGGUUUCUUCUGUAAUUAGUGUUUGUGAACUCUGUUGCUGGACCCUGUGUUUCCUUUCCUUCUGGCUGUCAGCCACCUUGGGUGUGAUGUAUGCUCCUCAUCAAUGCACCUGACUCAGAUGUUGGUGUCAUUUCUUGAAUCCCUGACACACCAUAGCACUUCAGUUGUGCUGCUGUUCUUCUCUUGUGAGUGGUCCAGGAAAGGAGUUGGGGACUCCCUUGGAGAAUUUUUUGUUAUAUUCUACACAUAAGUUUCUGGCCAAAGUCUGAUGUAUUGCUAAUCUGAUUGUUUUGGGCCUGACUGUUCUCCCCUCCUCCAUUUCUGGUUCUCUAAACAAACAGAAGAAAAUGAUUCUUAUGCCUUCUCUUGGCGUCCCCCUAGGCUUGGUCCCUGCACAUCCAAGUGGACUUGGCUGUUUGAAAAACUUGUGUGCACUACUGAAAUAAGUAGCAUGCUUCACUCCACUCCUCUCUCUCCAUGCCAAGGCAAAAAAUCCCUUCAAAGACAAUUGCAUUUAGACUGUGCAGCUGCUUGGUUUUGUCGAGAGGUAAACCAAUGAAUCUUGGAGAGGUGUGCCAUAUAGCAGAGUCUGGCUUUAACUCUAUUAUACAUAGAACAUCUGAUUUAAGCCAAACCAUAGAGGGUCCCUAUGACAAGUGUAUUUAUGCACAAGUUUCCGUUGUUGUUUCAUGGGUACCAGAUGGCUGAGGGAUCUGUAAUCUCAUUUGUGCUGUUUUGGGGACCAGAUUUCUGAGCUGAGAGAACAUCUUCAAGCCAAGUUUAACUUCAUUGGCGAGCAUCUCUGCACUGGGGCUUUGGUUUCACAGCCACAGAAUUCUCUUGAGUAUCUCCAAGUUGGUGACCAAAUUCCCAUUGAUUUUAAUGAUCUGGAUCACAGCCAUAUUUUCCAGUCAGCAGCUUUAGUGCAAAGGGAGGGGGGGUAUGUAUGCUAGGAUGGUCUUGAAAAUGGCUGAGACUCUUCUAUCAAGAAAAGUCAAAAUCUGUGACCUGAAUAAAUCAUGCAAAUUUGGGCAUACAUUAUUUUGCAUCAUUUAUUCUGCUGAUAGUAGCCAUGAGGAGAAAGGAGCUAUGCAGAGCACUGAAGCUCUAUCUCUGGCCACUGGCCUACCUGCUUAGCAGCCCUCUGGUCCCUGAAACUUUAUCAGGCAUUACCUAAGCCUUUUCAAGUUUCUUUUUUACAGCAAUAAAAACCAGUAGCUUUCAAAAAGUAAAAGUGAGAGAGAACCAGGUUUCCAGAUCCUGAAAUUAUAUCCAGUACAAAAUUCUGUAUUUAGUAGCAGGAUCACUUAGAGCCUGAAAUCAACACAGUUCUGACUGUAAUUCUUUUUUUGACACGCAAUACCUCUCCCUGCCCCCCUCCCCAGCAAAACAUCUUCAUGUGUUCCUUUACUUUCCAUUCCUGCUCUACACUGUGCUGGCAUUAGAGACCCAGUUCUAAGCAUCUAUUUACUGGCUCAGGGAGGAUUCUGCUCUAAAUAGGAUGGGCAGAGAACCUACACCUGGACUUGCAACCAUUUUAAAAAUAACUUCAGAACCUUUUGAACAGAAGUCAUUGGUAUGCUUAGAAAAAAGCUUUUCACUGCCUAGGAGAACAGAAUUUUUUUAAAAAAAAAAAUCACCAUGCCACGUUCUCAGCCCAUGCAACUGUAUACUGGGCCAAUUUGGACUGGAUUGCCUGUUCUUCUUAGUGAUUCUUGGAAAACUGGAGGCUAAAUACAACUGAGGCACCUGCUGUGCCAGGCUUGUAAAUAAAAGAAUUAUUGGCAGAAGGGGAAUAUGUUCUUUGAAAUGUUCCAUGGUCUCCAAGUAUGUGUGUGAUGGUGUUCGACAGAUGGCAACAUGCAGGGCUGCCCAUGUUCUGGCUACAGAUCGCUGAGGUCAAGGAGCCCAAGCUGGUCAGAGACCUUGUACAAGAAAGAACUGGGUGACAUUUAAUGGGUGGCAGUUACUUAGCAACUGCUUCCAGAAGUACAAAACUGUUGUGAAAAGGGCAAUGUUUAGAACAUGGUUGCCUUGUUGCAAUUAGGAUGAAUGAGAGGCCACCUUCAUAAAAGAGCUCCCUCUUAAUAAAAAGAAAAGGAAGACUCGGAUGAAUGUCCAGAUUCUGCAGUCUUUUAUAUUGCCAGAUAUCUUUUCAGGUGAUCUCUCAGCUUUGUGUGUGUGUGUACAGGUAGAUUUGCAUAUUCUCCUGGGCCUAGCAGCAGUGGCUUGCCUUUGCUGGGGUGGGGGUGGGGUGCUGGAUUUCACUGGGACCUGUUUUCUUCUUUGCUUCAGAUGGAUUCACACAACCAACCAAGCCAUAUCUCUCCUCCACAAGCUGGCUUGUUGGAGCUAAUCAGCUCAGUCUUAUAAUGGCUUUGGGAUGUAUUUGUAUUCAGGCCAAUAUUCCACUGUGUGAAUCUACCUUGAACUCCAGAUUCUGCUUUUCUUUGUAUUAAUAUGUAAACUUGUAUGUGGGAAGAAGUAUGUUGCAUCUUGUGCCACAAAUAUGGAGCUCUGGCUAAGUGUGUGUGUGUGAUGGGAGCUUUGGCCUGAUGCAACCUUGUUGAAUGCUCCUACUUGCUCUUGCUGUAGCAGAAUGAAGGGAUAGAUCUGGAUUUAGGAUCUGGUAUGACACCCAGCAAGUGGCUUCCUGGAAGGAUAAAUUUAGCUAGGGAGCUAGGAGCCCCAUGAAAGCUACAGUUUUCCAUGACACUUGCAAUUUUACAACCCCCUCCCCAGUGAUAAUAUGACACUGCUUUUGUGAGCAGGGACUAAGGAAACUUUGCAGGUGAAGCAACACUGAAGUUCUUUUAAGCUCUGUGGGAUUCGUACUCUAAUAGUUGGGUCUCUGAUCCAACAAUUAUUUGCCCACGUACAGGUUAAAACAACAUGCCAGUAACUUGAUAAAUGGGGAUGUCAUCAUUGGGAUACCUUGGAAUAUUUCCAAGAAAGCCUAGUAACUUUGUUUGAAGGGAAACAUCUCUUUGUCUCCCAACACUAAUUUUUGCUUAAAUCAUUGCUUCCCAUUCAUUCCAACUUUGUACUUGACUACACUAUUUGAUUUAUAGCAUGGUCCAAACACACACACACUUAUUGCUGCAUGAUCUCUAUUCAUUUCAAAAUCUUUAGCCUAGCCCUACUAAUGUAGUUUGGUCCCACUGUUGUCAUGGAACCGGCAAUGUGCUUGUGAUAGUGUAACAGGGUCUGGGCUAUUAUGUUGAUAUCAAUAGCUUCCCCCUCCCACCUUAAAAUAUUUUUAUUUAAUUAAUCUAUUGCCUUUAUUUGAACCUACCAGCAUGCUGCUUUUUUCCUGUACCUCCUGGCCUUCAUCCUAAAAAUGCUCUCUCGCAUUUCUCAUUAUUUAUUGGCUGGCAAACACUUCUUGUGUCUGUUCCAGCAAAUCUGCCCACUAUUCAUGUAACAUUCCUUUAACUUGUGUUCUUGAUUUUUAAUGCCAAAAUGAAAUUCAGCUACAUAAAAAAAUCCAAAAUUAUUCUCAAUUCCAUCAGGUGGGUUGAAUAUUUUGAGAGGGUGCGAAUGAUCCUGUGUUUGUUUUUAUUUUCUUAUUUAUAUAUAUCUAUAUAUCUAUAAUUAAUGUUUUUUCUGCCUCAGACUUGGAUUUUAAAAAGAGCAUUAAAAAAAUCUAUACCUUUCCCCUGUUGAUUUAUUUUAAAAAUACUGAUUUUCCUUUCCUUUAUAAAAUAUAUUAUCUAAGGGUAGGGGUGGAGAGAUUCCUCUGCCUUCCGGUUCACAAUUCUUCUGUGGAUUUCUUCUGCUGUGUCUAACUUCUGCUUUUACAGGGACAUUAAUUUCAGAAAAAUGGUGUGUGCAGUUUGCUUUUGUCAUGGACCUCUGUUCUUUUCAUUCAUGUGAAUUCAUGUGACGGUGUGCAUUAAAAUACUGGGCACUGUUGUUGUUUUUAAAUUCUACCAUGUGAUGGUACACAUGAUAACACUUUAUUUUAGAUAACAAUAUAUACAUUAGUGCCAGUCCUAGUACACAUGGUUGCCCAUUUGCUUAAAGGUACAAUCUUACAAAUUUUAUCAGAACAAUCAAAAAAUGCAGGGUGUUUUUUUUCUGUGAGCACAGAUACCAAGCCAUUAUACUGAAGGCAUGUUAGUUAAUCAACAGUACCAUUCUAAGCAAAGUUGCACUCUCAGUGGAUUCUGAAGGAUAUACUUCUUAGGAUGGUGCUGUGAUCUUCUAAACUCUAACAUAACUGACUAACAAAAAUGUUUUUCAUGCUUUAAAAGUACAAUAUAAUCCCUGGCAUGUUGAUAUUCAAGACUGUGCCUAUGCAUGACUUUACCUAUGCAGAGGGGGUUCAUGUAAGCUCCAGAAAUGGAAAGCUAUGGCAAGAGCAAUAUAGUGUUUUGAAAUUGUGGAAAGCCAAGCCAGAAGAUCAGCAGAAGGAAAACAUUGUUUCUCUGUGAUCAUAUGGUAAAUCAGAACCACUAAAUCUGAGCAUGGGGAGGUAAUUCAGAGAGAAAUUUGAAAGCAUCCUUAUCUAUAGGAUUUUUCCUGUACAAAAUGUAUAAAGAAAUACUUGUUUCUAAAGAUGGUUAUCAAUCUUCUGCAAGUAGUAUAUGAAGCUGGAAGAACUGUCUUGGAAUACAAGAGAUGAAUUAAUGUUUUCAGUGGUUUAUUCUCUCCCACUCUGUACAAUUAAAAAGUUGGUCCACUUUCAUGUUGGUGACUGAUGUGGAAAAAUAUUGAAUUAUGUGUAGAAAAUAGACUGCAGAUUUGUCUUUGCUCAGUGAGCAGAUACAGUGUUGUAUAUAUAAAUUCUACUGUGUAGUCUUGAGUAACUUUGGUGAGAGAUGGUGCAUCUUCAUUAGCACAAUAGUUUUCCUGGUGUAAAUGGAUGAAUGCAUUAAGAUCCCUAAAGACAAAAGGGACUGAAUCUUAUUCUGUUUACAUGGCUGUGAUCCUAAAUGCACUCAUUAGAUGUAUGUAACUACACUGGUGAUAACCUUGGUAGAGGAAGUGACCUAAGUAAUCCAAUUUGUGCUGCAAAACAACAGAGAUCAGUAAAUGUUUAGAUGUGCCAUUUUAUUUUUUCCCCCUUAAACGUUUUAGCCCCACCGCCUUACAGUAGGGUGAGACAGCUCCUGUCAAAAGUUCUUUAAAAUGACCAAAUUGAAAUCCUUAUAGAUAAUUUUUGUAGCUCUUCCUACAGUGGAGCAGCUUGUCCACAAUGUCACUUGUUCAUUUCUUUGUAAUACAGACCUACCGUAUUUGCACUAAAAACCGCAAUUGUUAAAACAAUUAUAUGGAAGCUGAUUUGGGAAAGCUUGCUGCUAAGAAAGAACAUACUAAAAAAAUGGGUCAUGCUUUUACAGUUUUCAUGGAGUAUUAUCAUUUUGUAGAAUAAAAUUGAUCUAGAUUGAAAAGAAUGAAGGUUUUAUAACUAUAUAUUGUUAUUAUUUACCUUGUCUCACCCUUCAUUUCACUCUCAUUCCAUUUCAUGCUCUGUCUCUGCUCCUUUUCUUCUGGCUGAAUGCAUUUUCUUCCCCCACCCCUCCCCAUGUUAGAACAAUUGUAAAUCCUGCUUUAAUGGCACUGCAGACACCUUUUUCCCCUGGAAAAGUGAGAGCUAACUGGAGUUCUUCUCUUUGUUUGGUUGAAGUCAUUAAAAGAUUCUCUUUGUUAUGACUAAGUAAAA